AUGUCGCAUGAAAUGUCAUACAUGGGCUCGAGGGCCCUGAAUCACUCGCAGAAUGACUCUGCCGAAGCGGAAUAUGAUCGCCUGCGAGACCUCGCGCGACAGGAAGCCAGGAAGCGUGGAGAGUGCUUUGACAAGGCUUAUGAGAAUGGUGAUGGUGCGCUGGCAAAGGAGCUCUCUGAGAAGGGUAAAGCCCACGGUCUCAAGAUGGAAGAGUAUAACCGUCAGGCAUCCGAGUUUAUUUUCCGUGAGAACAAUGCGCCGGGACGGGUUGCUCCAGAUACUAUCGACCUACACGGCCAAUUCGUGGAGGAAGCUGAGGAUAUCCUGGAGGAGAGAAUCAAAUAUGCCAAGGCGCAUGGACAGAACCAUUUGCAUGUGAUCGUUGGCAAAGGAAACCACUCUGUCAACCACAUUCAAAAAAUCAAGCCCCGCGUCGAGCAGGUCUGUCAACAACUAGGUCUGCAAUAUGCCACAGAGGAAAAUGCCGGACGUAUCUAUGUCAACUUGACUGGCGGGCCAGCCGAAAUGCCCCAGUACGACAGCCACCCACAGUAUCCAAGCACCGAAACCGGCACAUAUCAACCUUCUCAUCCGUCUCAUCAACAACCGCAUCAGUACCCGCAACAACAGAACCACCAACAACAACAGCAGCAGCCACAGCAGGAGGACGAGAUCGAGCAACUUGUCGAGAAGGUCUUGCCCCGCGUGCUGCGCAAGCUGGAAAAGGCUUGCUGUACAAUUAUGUGA